UAUCAGUCAGUGGCUGUAGGAGUGACCAAGCGAGUGCAGGAGGGAAUCACAUGCAGUUGGACUGUAGGUGAGAGAACAUCAGAAGAGAGGAACCUUUUCACCUUGGCAUCACCAUCACCAUCACCAUCAGAUCAGGAGGCUUUUUUCUGUGCUAUGCAGAGAUAAUUACGAGAUAAUGAAUGGGGAAAUAGGAACUUCAGUCAGUGGAGCUUUUAAUGCUGCAAUUAAGGAACCUGCAGUCAGCUUAAAUCAAGAUGAGAAGAUUCUUGCUGCCAAAAUUCACUUGGAUCACCUAAAUAGUGAUGAAGCUCUGAAAUUACUCAAAUUCCUUCAUUCUUAUGAUGAAAACCUGGAAAUUAAAACCAAUGGCAGAGCAAACACUGGAGUGAAAUAUGCCGACUUACUUUUAAAGGGUGAAGUUCCAAAAUUGAAAGCCCCAUCAGCUGAUAUCUUUGGGUUGAAUGGGGAUUUAAGUCUCCCUGGGGCUAAAGGUAACCUUACAGCUCCGUCUGUGAAUGGAGAACUUCCACAGAUGAAUCUAAAGGGUUCCACACCGAAGCUGACAGUCGAGGACGGGGGCAAGUUCACAAUGCCGACCUUCGGCAUGACGGGACCCAAAAUCAAAGGUGCAAAUCUAGAUGGUAGCAUCUCUUCUCCAACAGUGAAUUCUCCACAAAUAGGGACACCGGAACUGUCCUAUAAGGCUCCUAAGUUUCAUAUGCCAAACUUUAAGGGCAGUUCCAAUGACUUAGAUCUCAACGCACCUGAUGUAGAUGUUAAUUUGCCAAACGCUGAACUGAAAGGCCCAAAACUUAAAGCAGAUCUUCCAGAUGAACAAAUUGAUGCACCUUUAAGUAAAAUUAAAUGGCCCAAAGCAAACUGGGGUCUCUCAAAGCCUAAAGUAAAGACACCUGAAGCUGAUCUGUCUGUUCCAAAUCUCAAAGCUGACUUAAAGAGCCAGGAUGUGGAUGUGAAUUUACCUGACGCUGAACUCAUAAGCCCUGAAGUUGGCAUUGAUACACCAAAUGUUGAAAGCCCAUCUGCUAAAAUUAAAUGGCCAAAGUUCAAGAGACCAAAAGGGAAAGUGAAAGGGCAGUUGGGAGACAUUGAUACCAAUGUAAAUCCUCCAGAACUCGAUCUAUCAGCUCCUAAAGUGAAUGCAGGUAUCAAUGCACCGAACAUCAAUGGUGAUGUCCCAGAUGUGGAUGUUAAUGCUCCAAAAAUAAAUAUUGAUGCCCCCUCUGGAAAAUCCAAGUUUCCCACUUUGAAACUACCAAAGUUUGGUCUGAAUAAAUCUAAAUUAGAAGGGCCCAAUCUUGAUGCAGAAAUAAACACCCCAGAUAUGGAUGUAGACAUGAACUUGCCCAGAGCUAAACUCAAAGGGCCAACCAUAGAUGCCAAAGCACCAGAUCUCAAAGUCUCUGCACCAAAAGUAGAAGGUGAUAUUGGUACACCAGACCUAGACAUAAAAACUCCAGAUGUAGACCUAAAAGCUCCAAAAAUCGAUGUCUCAUCUUCCAAAUUAAAGAAGCCACAUAUUAAAUUCCCUAAAUUUAGUCACACUGGCCCACGAGUAAAAGCACCAAAUGUUGAUGCAAAUUUGCAAACACCAGAUGUGGAUAUGAACCUACCAUCAGCUGAGAUCAAAGGGCCUAAUGUGGACCUAAAAGCACCUGUGAUUGAUGGUUCUUUAGCUGUACCCAAUAUAGAUUUACCCAAAGCUGAGUUGAAGAAUCCAAACCUUAACCUUCAAGCAAAAUCACCAGAUCUCAACCUCUCUGCUCCUGAUUUGAACUUACCAAAAGGAGAAAUCAAGGGCCCUAAUGUGGACCUAAAUGCCCCUAAUAUUGAUGCACCUUCUGGAAAGCUCAAGAUGCCACACCUCAAGAUGCCUAAAUUUAAAGUCUCUGGACCAAAGGUUAACGGACCAGAUCUUGAUGCAGACCUGAAUGCACCAAACAUAAACAUUGAUCUACCUAAAGCUGAUCUCAGUAAACCUGAUGUUAACUUGAGUGCACCAAAUGUUAAUCUUUCGAGCCCAGAUGUAGACCUGAACUUGCCAAAGGGAAGCCUACAAGCCCCUGAUGUAGAACUGAAUGUUCCAGAUGCCAGCAUCAAUGCACCUUCUGGAAAGUUUAAAAUGCCACACCUCAAGAUGCCCAAGUUUAAUGCCUCUGGACCAAAGUUCAAAGGACCAGAUAUUGAUGCAGACUUAGAGACACCAAAAAUAGAUUUGGACCUACCUAAAGCUGAUUUGAAAGGACCAGGACUUAACUUAAAGGCACCAAAUGUUGAUCUUUCAGGCCCAGAUGUUGACCUGAACUUGCCAAAGGGAAAUCUUCAAGGCCCCAAUGUAGAUCUGAAUGUUCCAGAUGCCAGCAUUGAUGCACCUUCUGGAAAGUUAAAAAUGCCACACCUCAAGAUGCCUAAAUUUAAUGUCUCUGGACCAAAGGUUAAAGGACCAGAUCUUGAUGCAGAUCUGAAUGCACCAAACAUAGACAUUGAUCUACCUAAAGCUGAUCUCAGAGGACCUGAUCUUAACUUGAGUGCACCAAAUGUUGAUCUUUCAGGCCCAGAUGUAGACCUGAAGUUGCCAAAGGGAAGCCUACAAGCCCCUGAUGUAGAUCUGAAUGUUCCAGAUGCCAGCAUUGAUGCACCUUCUGGAAAGUUUAAAAUGCCACACCUCAAGAUGCCCAAGUUUAAUGCCUCUGGACCAAAGUUCAAAGGAGCAGAUAUUGAUGCAGACUUAGAGACACCAAAAAUAGAUUUGGAUCUACCUAAAGCUGAUUUGAAAGGACCAGGACUUAACUUAAAGGCAACAAAUGUUGAUCUUUCAAGCCCAGAUGUUGACCUGCACUUGCCAAAGGGAAAUCUUCAAGGCCCCAAUGUAGAUCUGAAGGUUCCAGAUGCCAGCAUUGAUGCACCUUCUGGAAAGUUCAAAAUGCCACACCUCAAGAUGCCUAAAUUUAAUGUCUCUGGACCAAAGGUUAAAGGACCAGAUCUUGAUGCAGAUCUGAAUGCACCAAACACAGACAUUGAUCUACCUAAAGCUGAUCUCAGAGGACCUGAUCUUAACCUGAGUCCACCAAAUGUUGAUCUUUCAGGCCCAGAUGUAGACCUGAACUUGCCAAAGGGAAGCCUACAAGCCCCUGAUGUAGAUCUGAAUGUUCCGGAUGCCAGCAUUGAUGCACCUUCUGGAAAGUUUAAAAUGCCACACCUCAAGAUGCCCAAGUUUAAUGUCUCUGGACCAAAGUUCAAAGGAGCAGAUCUUGAUGCAGACCUGAAUGCACCAAAUGUAGAUGUGGAUCUACCUAAAGCUGAUCUCAGAGGACCUGAUCUUAAUAUGAGUGCACCAAAUGUUGAUCUCUCAAGCCCAGAUGUAGACCUGAGGGUUCCAGAAGUGAAUGUUGAGACUCCAGAAGUAGAGACCCCAUCUGGAAAGUUUAAAUUUUUUACUUUCAAAAAAUCCAAAAAGACCCCAGAAGUUGAUGCCAAUGCAUCGGUUAAAAGUCCAGACCUCAGCCUGUCAGCCCCCAAAAUUGAUGCAGAUAUCAAAGUUCCAGAUGCCAGUGUGAACUUACCUACAGCUGAUCUUAAAGGACCCAGUAUUGAUAUAGAUGCCCCCAAGGGAAAGAUUAAAUUUCCAACAUUAAAAAAAUUAAAUUUUUCCAGUCCAAAAGUUAAAACCCCUGAAAUUGGUGAACCUGACGUGAGCUUGUCUGCCCCCAAGGUCGAGAGCAUGAACGUGGAUUUGAGUUCACCCAAAGCAACAGUUAAUGUUCAGUCUCCAGAUUCCAAUGUUGAUGUAGAUGUGCCUAAGAGUAAAUUUAAGUGGCCAUUCAGACGUACAAAUCAUGGGUCCAUAGGAGCGACCGUAGAUACCGUUGAUGCAAACAUGGAUGGAGGUGAGGUCGAUGCUAACGCAGGUGUCGUUCUUCCAAAAGACAUGCCCAUGUUCAAGACACACCGACUUCCCAACAGCAGAUUUGACAAUUUCAGGCAAGAAACUACUGCAGCUGUUGGUAUGAACACCAACCUCGAUAAAACAGAAUCACCAUCCGAGAACUUCACAGUUCCCACUCUGCCCAGAGUCAAAGCUGGAUGGAGAGCAUCCUCAGGAAACCUCAGACAAACACCACCUGUAGACAUCAAAGAAAGGCUACGACUUUUUGCAACACGGUCCAUGUACGAUCUCACAGAGCCUUCUGAUGAUUCACCCGACAGUUCUUUUAAACACAAACGACCAACAUCUAGUUUCACAGCUCCUGACACAAAUAACAAGACUCUACUGGGGAACCCACCUAGUGAAGAAGAGAAACUUUCUCUGAGUCUCGACAACAUGCUCUGCUUGAACACCAGUUCAUAGAAGUAGCUUCCAAACUUAAAUCUUUAACUAGCUAACAUUAUAACAUUUGUAUUUUAUUAUAUUUUCUUUGUUUACAUUAAUAUUAUGGCUUUUAUAUCUAUUUUAUUUUCUAAUCCCAGAUUUUAUUCACUAAAUAUAAAGACAUUAUUUCAAAUUUAUAAACAAAAAAAAAGAAUUUGUUCUUUUAUUUACACGGGUUUAAUAUUCUUAUUUUAAGUAUUUUGCAUGAAGUCUCAGGAUGUCAAUCAUGAAAUAUUUCCAAGAAUGAUGAAGGAUUUGAGUUUCAUUUACAUUCUAAACCAUUUUCUGUGCAAUUAAAGCGAAUAUAAAUGAAGAUGAUAUUUAGCUUUUUUCUUCAUAUUUUAUCUAUCAGUAUUGUUGCUAAUGGGAAAAUACAUGUUUAUUUACUGUUUAUUUACAAACUUUUCUGUUUGUACUUUGUGUUUCUCUAACUGUAAAAUAUUUACAUUAAAUUUGCAUUCCACUGUGUAUUUUUUCAAGAAAUUAAAAUUCAGACU